AUGCACUCUCGGUCGAAAAUAUUCCAAAUUCGCGCAGACACGGUACAGAGGGUCAGAGAGAAUGUGGACCUGCACCGGCCGGGGGACAUUGAGAACGCGGUUCGCAUCCUGCAGGAUUGGAUAGAGAAGCAGAGUCAUUUCAGAAGAAAGGAUUUUCCUCCAGAAUACCUGGAGUGUACGCUGGUGGACUGCAAGGGUUCGGUGGAGCGGACGAAGGCGGUGCUGGACCGAGUGGCCACCGUCAGGUCGCUCAUGCCCGACGCCUUCGCACCCUACAGCGUCAGAGAAGAGUUCACCACCAUACGCGACCAUGUCCACCUGCUGGUCCUGCCGCAGCUGACGGAGGAGCAUGAGAGGAUCGGCAUCGUCAAGGUCAAGAAAAUGAAGCCUAAAAUCAUGAGGACCAUGUACAAGUUCUCUUUUACGCUGCUGGACUGGGGCCGGCUGCGCGGGUACUGGAGCAGCACGGUGUUUGUGUUCGACGUGUCGGAGGGCGAGCUGGGGGAACUCAUGGCCAGCGUCAACGUCCUCGACCUUAGGAACACGUAUUGUGUGGUUAUUGAAUCAUUCGCCAUCAGAAUCAAGAGGAUGCAUCUGGUGACCUCUUCGCGGCUGGUAGAGACGUUCCUGACGCUGGUUAGGUCCUUCAUGCGGAAGAAGAUCGCGGACAAGAUCGUCAUCAACCGGAGCAUAGAAGAGCUCCACCAUUACUACCCUAAAGACAUCCUGCCGAAGGACUACGGUGGUUAUGAUAAGUCACUGGACGAAAUUCAAGAGGAUGUUCUGGACGAGUUGUCGUCGAAGGAAGCUGUGGAAUUCAUGGAGCAGAUGUACGAGAGGCGAACUGAUGAGGUCCUGCGCCCAGCAGGGGAUUUCAGCGAGAUGUACGCUGGCAUGGCGGGGACCUUCAGAGCACUGAGUGUGGACUGA